CCCAAGUUGAAAACCAGCACAGAAUUAUACCUGGUGGAUUUGGGUGAUGUUUUUAGUAGCAGAGCAGAAUUCCUAGGACUGGGUAUGGGAGUGUGCAAAAUCAAGGAAAAGACCCAGAGAAAAAUCCGAUUUCAAAGAGUAGAGAAAUAUUUGUUCUUUGGGGGCUACUUACGGCUGUCUGUUUAUACUGUAAAGGGACAUAACACUUUCAGUUUUGGUUUUACAGGGAAAAUGACUCAAAAAUAAACAACUGUAAGGGGUGGAGAGGAGGGGCAAGGUCGAGAAUUGCUGUUCCAUGGUGUCUGUGCGCCCCCUCCUGGAGAAGCUGAGACAUCCCCGUCUCAGAUGGGAAUGCUGUGUUCCUGGCCAGAGUUCCUCCCAGCACAAGAGGAACUGGCCCUGUUGUGUGGGGAGAACUGCAGAUGGUGCAAGAGACAAGCUGAUCCAUGGGCCCUUGAGGGGCGGGAACAGGUCUUUGGGAGGCAUGCGGGACAAAGGGAGCUGGAUCAAAGGCCCAGGUGUGGCCUUGUCUCCGCCACUGCUCCCACAUUCAGGAACCAGACCUCGUGGGUGAAGACACGCUGUCCCUCCUGUCAAGUUAAUAAUUUCCCACCAUCCAGAUCCUGCCCCAGGCAGGAAUGUAGCUCUACCUACAGCAGCUCCAGCUCAGACUCUGCCUGUCAAAACCAGCCUGCAGCUCAGGAUCAAGGAGCACUGGUCACAGGAAGGUGGGGUUUCAGGGCACCCCUCAGGGGCUGUCCCUAUCCCCAGAAUUCCAAAAUGAAGGCCCAUAAUCUUGUAGGUGUGCUGGUCAUGGUGGGCUUCGCAGUGGGAAAGGCUCCUGUUUCUCGAGUCCGGACCUGCCACCUCUGCCUCUUAGAAGAUCCUUCUGUAGGGUGCAUUUCAGGCUCGGAGAAGUGCACCAUUGGCAACUCGUCCCCAUGCAUGGUGAUCACCAUCUAUUACGAUACCAAGAUUCGCUUCUUCAUCCGAGGCUGUGGACAGUACAAUUCUUACCGCUGCCAAGAAAAACGCAACACCUACUUCUCAGAGUACUGGUACCAGGCCCAGUGCUGUCAGUAUGAUUACUGCAACUCCUGGUCCAGCCCCCAGCUCCAGAGCUCCCUGCCUGAGUCCCCCGAUGGGGCCCUGGUCCUGCCUCUGCCCAGGUCCCAGGUCCAGUGGCUCUACCAGGCACUGAACCUCUCACUGCCCCUCCCCAGCUUCUAUGCUGGGGAGGAACCUAAAGGCCUGGACCCCCUGGCUGCCCUGCCCUUGAACCUGGGCUUGUCCAUUGCUGACCUGCGCCACAUAUACUUAUUCCUCAACAAUUCAGGACUUUUGGUUCUUCCCCGAGCUGGGCCCUGAUCCUUUAUGCUUCCCAGAUUCCAGUCUGUUCCAGCCUCUCUCCCAACACCCCAGUAUCCUGCACUGCCCUCUCAGAACACCAUAAUCUCUGCUCUGCUCACUCAAACCCUCUGUCCUGUGUACUUCGUGUCUGUAUGCCUUUGGUUUAAAUUUCUCCCUGGAAACCAAUUGGCACUGCACCCAGUGCUCUUCCUCCUAGAAAAUAAUCUCAAGUGCAGAUUCUUCCCAGACCGACCUGGGAAAGGCAGUGGCGUCCUCGCCCCUCUCCCAUCAUCUGAGUGUUCGUUCCAUCACCUCUCCCCGCCCCCCACCCCUAAGACCCAGUGUCAGACCGAACUUGCGGCAAGAAGGAUGAGGGGUAGACUUCUCUGCCCUGCUUGCUCCAUGGCCCCUGAUUUCCCUCCACAAUAAACAAACUGGGUUAA